AUGUCAAAUCGUAAUUCAUCUCGGUCAUUAUUUAUUACAACAAGUGGACAUAGUUCCUCAAAUACAACCGAUGGAUUACAAGACGAAUCAUUAAGUCUAUCAGAAGAAGAUCUCACACCAUUACCUGUCAUGCGAAGACAAAAACAGUGGUUAAUUGAUGCAUCAGGUGUACCACAUUUUUUAUGUAUACUUUCAAAAAAGAAUUAUCUUCUUUUUGCUUGUGAUAAAUAUGGUUGUAUUGAUUUAUAUCAACUUGAUGGAACUAAUCCAAGUAAUGCACCUCGCCAUUUACGUCAAUUUGAUUUGUUUCCUGGUAAUAAUAUCAGUCAAAAGCCACAAAUAAUCGAAGCUUUUACUGUUUAUACACCAUUUAUUGUCGUUUCAGCUCAUUUAAGCGAUCAAACAGAUACAAGUUCAGUGUAUUUUUUUGAUCAUCGUGGUGGUCAACAAGCUGAUACUUGUUUACAAAAUUUUCCUGUUCGACAACUUUCAGCUGAUACUGGUUUUAAAUGUUUAUGGGGUGUUGAUCGUCAUCAACAUACAGUUUAUUAUAAUCAAUUACCAAUGAAUGUUAGUCAAAUUCAACAAUCUAUUGAACGUCGAGAAGAUUUUAUUAAAUUUGGACGAGAUUUUGAACCCAUUAGAAUAACACAAAAUCAAGCAUCAAUUGCAGUUGUAGAACGUAAUGCUCAAAGUGUACACAUAUUUGACAAACAAACAAAAGAACAAAUAGAUGAAAUACAAAAUCUUUUACGUACUGAUGGCUCAUUUCGUCUAUGGAAUGUUUUACUUCGUGAUGAUAAUUCAAUGGUACUUAAAUUAGAUGAAGAUUUAGCACCAUAUAGUCGACCACAAGCAAUUCAUCAUCUUAUUGUUGAACUUGAUUCAAAAGGUAUGCCUAUAUCACAAAUAGAACGUACAGCUGUUUAUGGUCUUGCUAUUGGACCAAAUCAAGAAAUUUUACUUGGAUGUAAAAGACAUCAACAAAGUGGCUCAAUCGAAUGUUACAUCUAG